GUGGUGUGGUCUGUGGACAGGGUUGUCUGUCAUUUGUCGAAAGGGAUAAAAGGUGGUUCUGUAUUAUUUAAUUUAGUAGUUCAAUUAAAAAUACACAAAUGUUUCUAUUUUUACUAGCUAUGUACCUAGUUUCUAAAGUGGCCGCGGCAAAGUUGUAACGUAUAUUAUUGCCUGAACAAUUUGUGUAAUUGAUUAUAUAGCUAAGUUUCGUGAUUAAAAUAUUGUUAUAAAUUGAUGAGUUCAUUUGUGAUGAAUAGAGCUAAGAGCAAUAAUUCUAAAAUGGUGAAACAUUCUAAGUCUAUCGCAGAACCAGUUAUGACUUCAGAUGCGUUACGGCUUAUAACAAAUGAGGAAAAACCACCUGAUAUUAAAUAUGACAAAGAAAAUUCGUGGAUCACUGGAGUGCAAAUGUUUGUGUCGCUCUUACUUGCUGGAUUCGGUAUGGUUGGGGCCAGUUUAUUGCUGGACGUUGUACAACAUUGGCCAGUAUUUGAACGAGUCCAAGAAGUGGUAAUUUUAGUACCUGCUCUACUAGGCUUGAAGGGAAAUUUGGAAAUGACAUUAGCAUCACGACUCUCCACUCACGCACAUUUAGGACAUCUUGAUACGAACUUAAGCUCUCUUAUUGUUGGCAACCUCUGUCUUGUGCAAUGCCAAGCUGUCUUAGUUGGUUUUUUAGCUGCAAUGGCAGCUGUGACUAUGGGAUGGAUACCUAAAGGAAUUUUUAAUGUUAAUCAUGCAAUGUUGCUCUGUGCAUCAAGUGUACUUACUGCAUCAUUUGCCAGUUUCGUCCUUGGUUUAAUUAUGAUAGCUGUGAUUGUUGUGUCCAAAAAGAUAAAUAUAAAUCCUGAUAAUGUAGCCACACCUAUAGCAGCUAGUCUUGGAGACUUGACAACAUUGGCACUAUUAUCUUGGAUAGCUUCAUUGUUGUUCCGUUCAAUUGAUACAAGUACUAUAUUGCCAAGUAUUAUUAUUACUGUAGGUGCCAUACUAGUGCCAUUGUGUGGUUAUAUUGCAUGGAAGAAUCCCUUCACACAACAAGCUUUGGACGAGGGAUGGGUGCCAGUUGUUUCAGCCAUGGUAAUAAGUAGUGCUGGGGGAUUAAUUUUAGACUAUACAGUGGUCAAUUAUGAAGGUAUAGCUGUAUUCCAAUUAGUUAUAAAUGGAAUAGGUGGGAACAUGGUUGCACUUCAUGCUUCAAGAUUGUCAACUUUGUUGCAUACAGGCCAAAAGGAAGGUGCUGUAAUGGGGAACACUAGUAAACUGUUAUUGUUAAUGGUGAUCCCUGGACAGUUGAUAUUUAUUUAUACAAUAGGGUAUAUAAAAGCUGGUCAUACAUCCUUGACUCCAAUUUUUACCUUAGUUUAUAUGACUGCUGCCAUAUUGCAGGUGUUUCUACUACUUACAAUUAGUCAUUACAUGGUUAUAUGGAUGUGGAAAUUGGGUUUGGAUCCUGAUAAUUCUGCUAUUCCAUAUUUGACUGCUUUAGGUGACUUACUCGGAACAGCAUUAUUGGGUAUUGCUUUCCACUUACUUUAUGCUAUAGGAGAUAAGGAUAAAGAUGUAGGUGACUGAAUAUUAUUAUUUUCAUUUAAUUUUAAUUGUUUUGUUGUUAAUAGUACUUAAAACUUUUAUUGUAAAAAGUUUAUAUUUAUAUUUUCUAUUCCUGUUAAGCUUAAUAUUUUAUUGUCUUUCUUAAAGUAAUUAAGUACUUAUACAAAAAUUUUAUAAGUUAAGUACAUUGGUGCUAAUAAAAUAUGUGCAUAUCUGUAAGAUUUCAUUAAAAUAUGAAAUAAUAUUCAUUUGAUAAGAUAACAAAGGUGUCAUCUAACGCCAUCAUUGUUGUAAUAAUUAAAACAAAUUGUUUUAACCAUUUUUAUCAGUUUUAACAUGAAAAGUUUGUUAAUUAAAAAUCCCACUUAAUAUUGAUUAAAAAUUGUGUAAACUGUAAAUAUUGAUAAAAUAUUGUUUUAUCUAUAGUAAAAACAACAUAAUAAAAGUUUAUUGUGGUUUAUCAAAGACUGAGAUUUAAAUGUAAAAAGACAAAAUUUAAAAUGAUAAGUAAUGUGAAUAAUCUCUUCUAGGUAAUAAAGUUAUUUACUGCCAAUAUUAUAAUAGCAUUUGUUAUUGAAUCUUAAUUGCUAUUAUCAUUUAAGUUCACUUCACUGUGGUUCAUGUCAUUUAAAAGGUUUUUCCUGUUUAUCACAAAAUUAUUAUUAAUAACUGUGAUUUUAACAGAUCUGUUUUUGUACAUUACAUUGUAUAUCCAUUUUAUAAACAAAUUUAAAUUUUUUCAAUGUUAAAUUAAUCAACUUCAUUAAUUCAAGUCUUAUUUUCUUAUUAAUGCAGUGGACGAAUGUAUUACACUCUUGAGGAAUAGAUAAUAAUACAAUUGAUCUAUUUUACUUUUCUAUGAUAUACAAUUAGAUGGUGGUAUAAUUAUUUUAUUUAUUAUAAUAUACUGUUAAUUCUUAGUUUUAAUUUAAUUAUUAAUAUUGUAUUUGAUGUUAUACAUAUUGCCUGCUAUGCUUCAGUUUCAAGUGAAACAUUUUUUUUGUCAUGUCCUGGUGUGGCACAUUUGUUAUUUAAAAUUAUAUUAACUAAUCAAUUGGUAUUAGUCCUUAUUGCCUUCAAAAUAUGCAGAUUGUUUAUUGAAUUGAGAUAGCUUGUAUUUAAUAUUCAAACAAAUUUAUUUUUUUAUAAUUAUGUUUCAACUUGAUAUAAUAUAAAAUCUUACUAUCUCAAUGAGUUUUCGAAGUGUUAAUUAUAUAUUUUAAUGCAGUGUAAUCUAUAUAAAAUUUUUUGGUAUUGGUACAAAAACUUCAAACAAACUUCCAAAGUUAAGCAAUUGAAAUUAAUUGUAACUAAGUACUUAUAAUAAGUACUUGCAAUAGUUUUAAUAUAAAAUGUAUUUAAAAUUGAAAAUUCAAUUUUCAAAUUAAGAUUAUAAAAAUAAAACAAAUAUAUGAUGA